AUGGCAGCUACGGGUGCCUUUGUGACUCUCCACCACGCACGUCCCCUCGCCCUCCUCUGCAUACUGCUCCUCCUGCCAGCCGCUACUGCCCAGCCGCAGACCACGCUGAACAUCACCAACCGAUGCUCCUACACCGUGUGGCCGGCAGUUAUGCCGGUGGGCGACGGCGUGCGGCUCGACCCAGGGGAGACAUGGACCCUCAAUCCAGCCUAUGACAGGGAGAAAUGGCGCGUGUGGCCGCGCACAGGCUGCUCAUUUAACAGCAAAGGCAAUGGGUCCUGCCAGACAGGUGAUUGUGAUGGCGUACUUGCCUGCAAGAGCUAUGGUCAGCCGCCCUUCACGUCCGCCGAUUUCACGCUCCAUCAGUACGGCGGAACAGGUUUCUUCGACAUCUCCCUCUACUUUGGCUUCAACGUACCCAUGGAGUUCCUACCAGUGCCGGUCAAGGGGAGUGGGGGGGCAGGGUGCAGUAAGGGGCCACGUUGUGCAGCCAACAUCACAUCACAGUGUCCGAGUGAGCUCAAGGCGCCGGGAGGUUGCAACAGCGCAUGUAUACAGUUCCUGGAGCAGCCAAAUUCUCCGUACUGUUGCGUUGGGAACACCUGUGAAUCCAACAAAUACUCAGCCUUCUUUUCCCGGAUGUGCCCCGAUGCAUUAAGCUACUCCAGUGAUGCUCCCUUACUAACUGAAUUCAGUUGUCCCGAAGGAGUCAACUACCAGUUAGAAGUGGCAACCAAGCAAUUCAAAGACAAGCUUGGGGAAGGAGGAUUUGGGUCUGUUUUCGAGGGACUGCUAGGCGAGGAAAGGAUUGCAGUAAAACGUUUGGCUCGAGCUGGUCAAGGAAAGAGAGAAUUCUUGGCAGAGGUUCAGACAAUAGGCAGCAUACAUCAUAUCAAUCUGGUUAGGCUAUUUGGCUUCUGUGCAGAGAAAUCCCAUAUGCUUCUGGUUUAUGAGUAUAUGCCAAAAGGAUCCUUGGACAAGUGGAUCUAUGGUCGACAUGACAAUACUGCUCCUCCACUAGAAUGGAAGGUACGAUGCAAGAUUAUUACUAACAUAGCUAAGGGUCUCGCUUAUCUUCAUGAGUUGUGCAUGAAGAGAAUUGCUCAUUUGGAUGUCAAACCACAAAAUAUUCUCAUAGAUGACGACUUCAAUGCUAAAAUUUCUGAUUUUGGUUUGUGCAAGCUCAUAGAUAGGGACAUGAGCCAAGUGGUUACUAGAAUGAGAGGCACACCUGGAUAUUUAGCUCCUGAAUGGUUGACAUCACAAAUUACAGAGAAGGCUGAUGUCUAUAGCUUUGGCGUGGUGGUCAUGGAAAUGGUCAGUGGAAGAAAGAAUCUCGACACUUCCCGGUCCGAAGAGAGCAUCCAUCUUAUUACCCUACUGGAAGAAAAGGUGAAGAACGGUCAGUUGGUAGAUUUGAUUGACAAGAACAGUAAUGACAUGCAAGCACACCAGCUAGAUGUAAUUCAGAUGAUGAAGCUCGCGAUGUGGUGUUUGCAGAUUGACAGCAAAAGAAGGCCUAAAAUGUCCGAGGUAGUGAAGGUGUUGGAAGGUACCAUGGAUGCAGAGAGCAAUAUAGAUCAUAACUUUGUCGCAACAAACCAUGCAAAUUUUGGGAUUGCUGCAAAUGUGACCUCCUCGGCUCCACCUCUAGCCUCACAUCUAUCAGGCCCCAGGUGA